AUGGAGUCGGACCAAACCAAACCUUUUGUCGAGGCAAAGACAACUUCAACGACGGGUUCAAAGUCAGCAAUUUCUCAGACUUCAUCAUCCUCUACUCGUCCUCGACUUUUCUGGCUUUGUGUCGCCUCUGUGCUUGCCGGUAUCGCGUAUCGCAUAAACUUAUCCGGACCUGAAUACAAAACUGUCACGCAGUUGCCAGAUUCUUAUGCAUUGUGCAGUAACAAUGGGACGAUAUACACCGUCAAUGAGGUAGAGCCUGUGGUUGAUUGCAUGCUUGUGAGGAAGGACAAGAUUAUUGCUACCGGAAGUCUAUCUAGCCUUCAGGUACAGUGGGAAGAGUAUCAGAACGCACUCAUUGCACGAUUCUACGGUAAUGAACCUAGUGCAAAGAAGCCGCUCACCAUUAUUCGUCCUGUACCCGGUAGUAUUGUUGUACCUGGUCUAGCAGAUGCACACGCACACCUGAUUAUGUACGGCUUCAAAGUGGAGCUUCCGCUUGACGGAGCUGAAACAUUUAACGACGUCCUGGACAUCAUCGAGGAUUAUGUCCGCUCGCACCCCGAUGUUUUUGCUGAUGAGACUCGCUGGGUGGAGGGCAUGGGCUGGGACCAGACGCGUUGGAAAGGGUGGAGAGGUGGCUUUCCGACGGCGGCGGAUCUAGCCAUACGCCCGCUCCUUGCAUCGCGUCCACUCGCACUGCACCGUGUUGACGGGCAUGCUCUCUGGGUCUCUCCCACAGCACUAGCAUUUGUGAACCCAGGGCCGGGGGAAAUUGAGGGUGGAGAAGUGGUGCGAUAUGAGAACGGCGAGAUGACUGGCGUGUUCCUCGAUGCUGCUAUGGCGCUCGUACCUAAACCUCCCCGGUCCGCAGCGCAGAUGAAGGCAUAUCUCGAGCGCGCGUUAACUGACGCGUUGGCCGUGGGCUUGACGAGCGUGCAUGAUGCCGACGUGGAAGUGGAUAUGAUUGAUGUAUUCAAGCAGGUGGCAGACGAGGGGAAGUUACCUCUCCGCGUCUACGCUAUGGGUCACUCGAACGAGCCGACAUAUUGGGGUGAUAAAAUACCGUGGCUUACGGGCUACGGGCGGGACGGACGGCUGAAUGUGCGCAGCGUCAAGCUGUACACAGAUGGUGCACUGGGGUCGUGGGGCGCGGCCCUUCUGGAACCGUAUUCCGACAACCCCGGGACAAGCGGACUCAUGCGCAGCGACGAAGCGGCGCUCAACGCGACGGUGGCACGCUUCUGGGAGGCUGGCUGGGGUAUCAAUAUCCACUGCAUUGGGGACCGCGCUAACAAAGCCGUACUGGACAUUUUUGAGGGCCUGCUGGGAAAUGAUACCGAACAGGCACAUGCGCGGCGACCGAGGAUCGAGCAUGCACAGAUCAUGCGUGUCGGAGACAUAGAGCGUGCGGGAAGGCUGGGUGUGAUUACGAGUGUGCAGCCCACACAUGCGACAAGCGACAUGGGGUAUGCUGAGAGUCGCCUGGGUCGAGAUCGGAUCAAAGGAGGAUAUGCAUAUCAGUCUUUACUGCAGGCAUCGCCUUUGAAGACCCUCCCUCUAGGGUCAGACUUCCCAGUGGAAGGCAUCAAUCCGCUGCUGGGGUUCUACGCAGCCGUAUCCCGACUUGACGUGAAUGGGAACAGCCCACACGGGCCUGGCGGCUGGUACCCGGCCGAACGCCUUACGCGCGCGCAGGCGCUGAAAGGCAUGACUCUCGACGCUGCGUAUGCGGCAUUUGCGGAGCACGAGCUCGGGUCGCUCGAGCCAGAGAAGAAGGCAGACUUUGUCGUGCUGGAUACGGAUAUCAUGCGCGAGGACGCGCCGUUUACGGAGAUUCUUGCGACGAAGGUGCGGGCGACUGUUGUGGAUGGGCAAAUCCUGUAUGGCGCGAUAUGA